UGUUGAGCAAACGCAGUUGCUCUUUGUCUGAUUGCUUACGAUUCACCAUGGAAACCUGGUUCCUUAUCCUCAUCGCCCUCUGCGUCUCCUUCCUCCUCAAACCCCUUCUCUCUCUAUUCCUACCCACUUCCAUCUCCAGACCCAAUCUCCCUCCCGGGCCUCGCUUCUUCCACAUCAUCGAAGGCUUCUUAUUCCUCCUCAAAUCUUCCUUGGAGCUCGAGCCUAUUAUCCGCAAACUCCAGGCCGAAUACGGGCCCAUCAUCUCCCUCCCCAUCGGCUCCCGCUCUACCGUCUUCGUCGCCGAUCGCUCCCUCGCCCACCAGGCCUUAAUCCAGAACGGAGCCGUGUUCGCCGACCGCCCCCUGGCCUUGGCCACCAACAAGUGCGUCAGCAGCAACCAGCACACUAUCGGCUCCGCCGUCUACGGCCCCUUGUGGCGCCUCCUACGCCGCAACCUCACCUCUGAAAUCCUUCACCCUUCCCGCGUCAAAUCCUACGGCAACGCCCGCAAAUGGGUUCUCGACAUCCUCGUCAACCGCCUCAAAACCGAGUCUCAAUCCCACUCCGAAGCUGCCGCCACCGGAGUCAGGGUGGUCGACCACUUCCAAUACGCCAUGUUCUGCCUCCUGGUUCUGAUGUGCUUCGGCGACAAAUUGAACGAAGAGCAAAUCAAAGAAAUCAAGCGCGUGCAGCGCCAACUACUUUUGAGUUUCGGGCGGUUCAAUAUCCUCAAUUUCAAGCCGAAAUUGACGAAGAUUAUCUUCAAAAAUCGGUGGCGGCAAUUAUUUAAAAUCCUCGAGGAACGACGAGAAGUGCUCCUCCCUCUGAUUCGAGCACGACAAAAUAGGGCAAAGCAGGGCAGCAAAACCGACGACAAAGAUGAUGAAUUUGUGUUGUCGUAUACAGAUACGCUGCUGGACCUCGAGCUUCCCGACGGCAACGAAAAGCGGAAGCUUUCGGAGGGAGAAAUGGUCAGCCAAUGCUCAGAGUUUCUGGAUGCCGGCACCGACACGACUUCCACCGCGCUGCAGUGGAUCAUGGCCAACGUAGUGAAGUACCCGCAAGUUCAGGAGAAGCUGUUUGCCGAGAUUAAAGGGGUGAUGGGAGAAACGGAGGACGAGGUGCGGGAGGAGGUCCUGCACAAGCUGCCGUAUCUGAAAGCCGUGAUCUUGGAGGGGCUGAGGCGCCACCCGCCGGCGCACUUUGUGCCGCGCGCGGUGACGCAUGACGUGGAUUUGGGCGGACACGUGGUGCCCAAGAACGGGAGUGUUAGUUUCAUGCUGGCGAGUAUAGGGUGGGACCCGCAAGUGUGGGAGGACCCCAUGGCGUUCAAGCCGGAGAGGUUCUUGGGCAGCAGUGGAGGAGAAGAAGGGUUCGAUUUGAGGGGGAGCAGGGAGAUUAAGAUGAUGCCGUUUGGGGCAGGGAGGAGGAUCUGUCCAGGGUCGGGAUUGGCGGUGCUUCACCUGGAGUACUUUGUGGCGAAUUUGGUGUGGAAAUUUGAGUGGAGAACUGUGGAGGGAGAUGACGUGGACCUGUCAGAGAAGCAGGAGUUUACUAUAGUGAUGAAGAAUCCAUUGCAUGCCCACGUAAUCCCUAGAAUUUAAUACGUGUGAGAAUUCUGUACUAAUUAUUCGGUGCAUAUUCAACCGUUGAAUCUAUCCAUGUAUGCUUUUCAUUGAUUAUGUAAUUUUGAAAAUUUAGAUUUUUAGUUUACUAGUCUGAUUCAAGACGGAUUUUAUAACUUCAAUAUUUAGAGAGUGAUUUGAGUGAGCUGUAUUUGCUACUUUUUAGCUUAUAACUAAUACAACUUUCAAAUCUUGGGAAGACAACUUCUGCAUUUAGAGACUGCCCAAGAGCAAGGAGCAUUUGAGAAAUUGAUGGGAUUGCCUACA